AUGGCGGUUGCUUCGCUCAGGCCGGAAGAGCGAGCAUCCUGGCUUUCUACAGCCUGUCGCGUCGCCUCUGAAGGUGCUGUGAAGGUCAGCCAGCUGUACAAUGUGCUUGCCAGCGAGAAAUUUGCUGAUGGGCUGAACGAGAAGGUUGGCAAGCGAAUGCACCGAACCAUGCUGAAGUACUUGCAUAUCUUCUCGGACAAGCAGCAGCGGUAUCUCAAGCAGUGUGGGUUGGCCCGGGAUUUCGGCCUCAAUGACAAGGAGGCCCCCAAGGAGGUGGCGGAUGUGAAGCCGGCGAGGCGAAAGAGCCAGAGCGACGAGGAUGCUGCUGUCCGCAUGGAGGAGAUGAUGGCGAGAUGCCGCAACUUCGUGCGCGAGAAGGCGCAGACCUACGAAGAGCGAAUGCGUGAGGCCGAGGAGCAGGAGAGAGAGGCCCGCCGGCAAGAGCUGCUGCGCCGUCAGCGCGAGGAGCGCGAGCGCUUGGCGCGUGAGUGGGCAGAGAUUGCGGACUGGCACCGCCAACUCGAAGGGUGGGAGCGCUCGCAGCUGGCUAUCGAGGACCUGCGAGAGCAGGAACGAGCAAGAGAAGCCCAAGAGGUUCGCGAAGCCCUGGAGGGAAACAAGAGCCGCUCUCGCUCCAAGCGCAAGCGGCCCCUGGAAGAGGACCAAUGGCCGGAAGAGGAGCAAAUUCUGGAGGAGGAGCUCCGACGUGCUCAACACGGGCACGACUUGAACAGAUGCUUUGCGGCAAUGGGAGACUUUCGAAGAAGUCGUUUGAGCGGUGCUCCGAUCGUUGGCCGUGUUGUGGAAUGGAAGAAGACACACGGCUGGAUUGAGCCGGACUGCCCCAUCGAUCAUCCUGAGAUCGUCAAGCACCAAGGUCACAUCUUCGUCCAUGGAGAGGACCUGGUGCCCAAGUGGAGGAACCUUGUGGCCGGUGCUAUGGUGGAGUUCUUCUUGUAUUAUGAUGGCCAAGGCCUCGGAGCCGAAGAAUGCACAGCACGGAAGGUGUUGCGCGUCACAUUGUCUUGGAAGCAAGCACAGGCGAUGUUUGGCGAGACUGGCGAGAGACUAGCUGACUUCGAGCAGAAGUCGCAAGUAACGAUCCGUGCGUAUCAAUGGUGCCAGCCGGACGGCAGCAGCAGUGAUCUACCCUUCCUGCUGUUCGAGAUAUGGGGCCGACCACAGGCAGUAGUCGAUGCGAUUGGAGCGCUAGCCACGCGACGAGAGGAGGAUGGCAACGGAGCGGAGGACACCCUUUGCGUGAAUCUGCUCCUGCCGGAGAGUAGAAUGUGGAAGGUUGACUUGAUGCAGCUCCAGCACUACUGCAGUUUGGAGGUGUCCAGCUCAAUCACCAUCACGGACCCGAUGCCUUGUCGGACACUGACCAUCCAGGCGCCGCUGCCAAACUUUCGGUCGUCGCUCCACGCCCUCAUCAUGCAGGCAUGUGAUUGA